CAAAUCUAUAAGAUCGCGACGGUGUAGCUUCAAUAUUUAGAAGUCUAGUUUAGUUUUGCUCGCUGACCUAAACUCUCUUGGCCACGCGUUUCUCCUUUGACGAGCCCCCCGAUGGCUUACAGCAACUUACAAAAAAUAGGACGGCUUGACACAAAGCAGCCAGAAUGCAAAGCAGGGCUGCAAGCUAAGCGUGCAAGCAAGGGUUUGAGGCGUUCCGUUAGCAUCAAGGCCGCAGAUGACGGCAAAAGGACAACAAUAGACUCUCUGGACUCCCUGCUUGGCAGCUCUGGCGAAGGCGAUAAGCAGCAACAGCAGCGCGUGGAGUGGUGGCGCGUGCGGCCCAAGCAGGAGGCGCCGCCCCGCACCACCUCCAUCUCCAACAGCCGCAACCCCUCCGGUCGAUUCAUUGCCAACGAGGAGAUGCUGCGAAACGAGGUGUGGGCCGGAGCCAAAACGGCGCCUGGCCAGGCCAUCGAGCUCCCCAAGGUCACGCCGUACCUGUCGUACGCCCUGGCGCUGGUCAACGCCGCGGUGUACGGCACACUGGUGCGGAUAUCGCUGACCCAGGGGCCGGAGGCGGCGGCGGAGCUGCUGGGCAGCGUGGGCCUUAGCCGCGGCGGCGUGGUGGAGCAGGGCGAGCUGUGGCGGCUGCUGUCUGGUCUGGUGGUGCACGGCGGCCUGGGUCCGGUGGCGGUGGUCCUGCUGGGACUCGGUCUGGUGGCGCCGCGCGUGGAAGCGUCGCUGGGGUACCGCACCUUCACCGCCGCCUACCUGCUGUCAGCGCUGGCGGCGGCUGACGUCAUCAUCGCCCUCGGCGGCGCCGCCACUGACCUGCCGACCUCCGCCGCAACCGCCGCCGCCGCCGCCGCCGCGUCCACGUCAGCAGCGGCCGCCACGGCAGCCGCAGCUGCAUCUGCAGCCGCCUCUGGCGGCAGCGGCGGCGGCAACCUGCUAGCAGCUAUCCUGCACCCCGCCGGCGCUAACGUCAUGGCGUCGGUUGCGGCGUCGGCGUCGGCGGCGGCUGGCGGCGCCGCCGGCGGGCUAGGACUGGGGCUGGGCGCUUUGGGCGCAGUCAUGGGCAUCGCCGGCGCAGCGGCGGCACACGAGGUCGUGAACGGAGGCGUGGAGGAAACCGCCGGCAGUAGCCGCAGCUCCAGCGGCAACGGCGCCAGCAGUAGCAGUGGCAGUGGCGGCAGUAGCGAUGCCGCGCAUGGGCACGGGAGGUCCGGCGCGGGCGCUGCCGGCGCCGCCGGCGCGAUCCGGGUGGACGCCGGUGCCGUACUCCUGGCGGUUGGUGGCGUGGCGGCGGCGGCGCCGUACAUACAGGAGGCGGGCGGCAUUGGCGGCGCCGCCGCCGCCGGCGCGCUGCUCGCGUCCCUUGCGGCGGGUUUCGGGACAGGCUUUGCGCUGGCCGCCGCCGCCGGGCCGCGCUACCAGGUGACGCGGGAGGUGGAUCUGCCGGACGGGUCCAUGUGGAUUCCGGAUCCAGACAACGUGCAGGAGUACACGGUGGUGUUGGACCGCACCACCGCCAUCCAGCGCUCACUGGUGACGGGCCUCAUGGCGGCGGCACUGGGCGGAGCCAGUCUGUCGGUGCUGCUGGCGGCGGCGGCCCCGGGCGGCGGCGCCGGGCUGGGUCUGUAGGUGUGAGCUCGGAGGCUGUAGGUGUGGGCUUGGACGCUAGGUGUGGGCCUGUAGGUGUGGGCCCGUAGGUGUGGGCCUGGUGGCAGGGCGCUGUGGUGUGACAGUCGAACAGCACGCGAUGCGUGUUCGGUACCGCAUGUGUGUGUUUGGGCGUGUGCUGGAGGGGCGCGAGGAGCAAGGAUGUGCGUGUGUGUCGACAGCUCAAGCUGUGCGGCAUGGGCGAUCGCACAUGCGCGGAUGCGCCCCCUCUCAUGAGGUUGUGGAUACCCAGCCCACAAGAAUUGAGCGAUGAGCGCCACAAUGCGGUGCCACCGCGCUACCUUGAGAUAUGGACUGCCGUCGCGGCGCCUCCUCGCUCGUUUGUGCCUCACUUUCACCGUUUGUCCCGUGCUACCUCCACUGGGAAUCCACUUAAAAGCACU